GUAUUACGAUUUUUCCAAAGGUUAAAAAGUUCGAAUAUCUAACACGAAGUAAAUGAAAAUCAAAGUACUUUAAUAAACUAUUAAAAAUAUAUGUAUACAUAUUAGAAACGUCCGUAUUAUUUUAUACGAAUUAUGUAUUAAAAAUCGUGACUCUGUAAUUGCAAAUGUACAAAUUUUUAUAAUUCAAGUGGAGAUUUGAAAUACUAAUUCAAUUCAUUUUCAAAGCGGGUAACUAAUUCACGACAGAAAAUUAAUUUCGAUAAAGUUUGAAAUAAACAUUUAUCUAAGAGGAUUUUGAUUGGUGGAAGACAAUCGGUAUUGAAGCACGAAUCGUUACCGAUCGUGCACAGCGGCGGCAUGUGACGUCACGCAUCACCGCCCCGCGAUGCCUUUCGGGAAAUAGCGUCGCCAUCUUGAGUGGCAUGGCCCAGCUAGACAGUGCGCUCUGAGCAAAGACAUGCGAUUUAUCGCGAAAACAUUGAACGUCCCGAUAAUCACGGAUUCCUGUGAAACAUAGCAGAUCCUUGGUGCUUCGCACCUUCGUCGAAAUGGAGGCGGUUAAGGCAUUUAACGCGGAGCUUUCAGCUCUGUAUGAUGUCAAACCACCAAUUUCCAAGGCAAAGAUGAACUCUCUCACCAGGGGCGCAAUUAAGGCAAUCAAAUUCUACAAGCAUGUUGUGCAAAGCGUAGAGAAAUUUAUCCAAAAGUGUAAGCCAGAGUACAAAGUGCCUGGAUUGUACGUCAUAGAUUCAAUUGUACGCCAAUCCAGACACCAGUUUGGAGUAGAGAAAGAUGUCUUUGCUCCACGCUUUGCUAAGAACAUGCAAACCACCUUCUUAAACCUUCUGAAAUGUCCUCAGGAAGACAAAAGCAAGGUGAUACGAGUUUUAAAUCUUUGGCAAAAAAAUGCAGUUUUCCCUUCCGAGGUUAUACAACCAUUAUUCGAUCUUGCGGACCCAAAUCAUCCAAUACACAAGGAACAAACAGUUAAUGCUAAUGGUACACUGAAUAGUUCCUCAACAAACAAUACAAGCAAUACUGGUACUUCUGUAAAGACUCCUCCCUUAACUGCGAAGAAUGCAGUAAAAGAUCAGAAAUUGUUCUCCUCUGGAAAGACAAUUGAUCCUGUUUGGCUAGCACAAACGAAAAUGGAAGCAGCGAAUAUAGUUAAUGCUAAUAAACUCCUGGGGCAAUCGAAUGCAACUCAAGUGGACGCUUCUUUCCUUGAUCAGUUACAACAUUUACAACAAUUGUUAUUAAAAAAGCAGGAAGCAGCAAACGAACAGAAGAGUUCUGUAAAAUUUGAUAAGAAACUCUUAGACUUUGAUUACGGCGAGGAAGAAGACGACGAUGUCGUUGUUGCGAGUUCACCAGCAGCGACAACAGCAGCGAAUACUGCUCAACAACACAAUGCUGUUGCUACAGGAAAUAGUUUAGAAAGUCUCGGACUACUACUAACGAAUCCAGAGGUUCUAAGGCAGCUUCAAACAUUACAACAAACAAUGCAGGGAAAUGCGUCUUCAUCGCAACACGAAAUUGAAGAAAAAAUGCGUAAACUUCAACAAAUGAAGCAGCAGGAGGAGGAGUUUGAUAAGCAUCUAGCGCAAACCGUUCCUAAUUUACCGUUUGCAUCGGAGUGUGAAUUGAAACCAUCAGACAUCUUAAAACCAAAUCAACAAAAUGCUUAUGCAACAAAUGUAAGUAGCGGUGUUAUACAAGACCUGAGUCAACCACCUCCUGGUUAUCCACCAGCUCUACCGUAUGCCUCCCAACCUUUGUCAAGUAUUAGACAGAUUAAUCAGCAAGCACAUCAAAAUCAAAAGAGCCCCCUUCACGACGAGCGACAAGACGCGCAAGAUUAUUCUGGAAAUGGUGCAAGACGGGACAGUAGCAGCGUAGAAAUUGUAAAUUGUGAAAAUACAAGAUCGCAUAGUCGGUCACCUGAUCGAUACAGGCACCACAGUCGAUCUAGAUCACCACGGCAUAGAGAUAGAGAUAGAGAUAGGGAUCGAGAUCGGGACAGGGACAGAAAAUCUCGAUCGAGAAGCAGAUCCAGAAGAAGAAGAUCACGCUCGAGAGAUAGAGGACGUGACAGGAAACGCGAAGACAGCCGAGAAAAAAUGACUGAGGAAGAACGGGAAAAAGAAAGAGAAAGACGCAAACGAGGAUUGCCUCCAAUUGUAAGAGAUAAAUUAAGCGUUUGCAGUACCACUCUUUGGGUAGGACAUUUAUCAAAAUUAGUACACCAAGAAGAACUUUCAGACACUUUUGGGGAAUUUGGUGAUAUCGUCAGCAUCGAUCUGAUUUCACCUAGAGGUUGCGCUUUUAUAUGCAUGAAUAGAAGGCAAGACGCUUAUCGGGCUCUUACUAAACUUAAGAAUCACAAAAUGCAAGGAAAAGCAAUCACUUUAGCCUGGGCACCAGGGAAAGGUGUGAAAGGAAAGGAAUGGAAAGAUUACUGGGAAGUCGAAUUGGGAGUUAGUUAUAUUCCCUGGAAUAAAUUAAUUAAUGUUACUGAUCAGGAUUUAGAAUUACUCGAAGAAGGUGGAAUGAUCGAUGAAGAUACUUUGCCACCUCCUUUAAAAGGUAAAUUAAAGCAUUCCGGGACAAAUUCAGACAUGCUUCAACAGCAGUUGCAGUUGCAACAGCAAGCUUUAGCUGCUGCAAUUCCAAGUUUGACGGAUGGCAUGGUAAACGUAAUGCAGCCUUCGACUAGCAGUCAACAGCAACAAUCUCAACAGCAGAAUCAGCAAGGUCAACAACAAGUUAUCGAUACAAGUCAGCCACCGCCAAUCAGACCUCCUACAUCAGCUGCACUUUUGCCACCGCCAAAUACACAAUUACAAAUGAUGCCACCUGCUUUUACAAUGACAGGAGUUCCCCGAAUGCUUGGACCAAUGGGAUUACCAAUGCCACACAGUUUAAUGCCCAAUGUUCCGAUUGGCGUACCGCCACCCAAUAUGCAAAGUUUAUUAGGACCACCAGGAAUGAUGCAAACCAUGCUAACUCCUCCAGUAAAUUCACCGUUUGGAGCUGGCGUCGGUGUCGGUCUAUUAACACAAAUUCCUUUGCCAGCACCUGCAGCACCCUCCGAUAAACCUAAUUCCACCGGUAUGCCACACAAUGUUCCUCCGAUAGGAGUUCCGCCGCCAACAACGGAAACGGGAAUGCCAAAUUUGCCAAUGUUGCGUCAACCUUACGGGGUCGGCCCUUCUGCUCCUUUACAAAUGCAAUUACCUCAGCAACAACAUUCUGCAGACGAUAUGGACGUAGAAAUGGAAGACGCGAUGCCGCAAAGUUCAAAUGGAAAUAAAAGCAAAGGGAAUUUAAUGGAUCAGCAACUUUCACAAAACGAGGAAAGAAUAGAUGGCGACCAACAGCUAGAGCAGCAUCGAGACUAUAAAGAAAGGGAUAGGGAACGGGAAAACAGGGAGAGAAGAGAUAGGGAAACACAUUUAUCUCAUAGAGAUAGGGAAAACAACGACUCCAGAAUGGAUCGUGGAAGAGAAAGAGGUAGAGGACGAGAACGAGGACGUGAUCGGAGGAGAGAUAUUAGAGAUAGAGACAGAGAUGAUCGAAGGGAUAGAGAAAAUAGAGAAAAUCGAGAUGGAAUCCCACAGAAUCAAAGUCUGCAGGAAAACGAUUCCACUCCAAAGAAAGACGGUAAACCAAGCCUAGCUGAUCGUCUGCGUCAAUUGGCCGAUGGCACCCUUCCUCUCGAAGAUCGAGGCGAUCGGAUACCCCCUCCUCGUAAUCGACCAGAUCGAGACAGAUCCGAUAGAAAUUUCGAAGAGCCUCGACCGCCGCGCGGAGAACCUCUUUCGUCCCUCAUGGAUUUGCCGAAAUUCGCUUUACCUCAGGAAAGAGGUGAUUUCCCAGCUCGACCACCGGACUUUAGAAAUCCUCCUCAACAAGAUCCAAGGGAAUUUCAGCAACAAAGGGACAGACAAAAUUUUGGCGGUCGGGGCCAUAGAGGAUCGCAAAUUCACGAGGAGUAUAUGGAUGCUCCUCCUUCGAGGAUACAAGGAGGUGGGAUGUACCAAGAAGAAUUUGAUAAUAGGAUACACGGGCAGCAGAGAAUAGAAGAAUUUGGAAGACUUGGACCUCCCAGGGAGCAGAGGGAGGAAUUUGACAGGGCUGACGGACGUGGAAGAAGGCCGCUCGACGAUCGAGAUCGAUUCGAUUACGAAGUCAGGCGUGACGGUUUCGAUCCACGACUUCAGGAUGGUUUCGAUCCAAGGGGACCCCCUCAUCACGAACGAGGUGAUUUUGAACCUAGGAGACGAGAAUUCUUUGGAAUUGAUCCUAUGUUUGGAAUGCCACCUAUGAUGGGACCCAGGGGGCCUAGACCUGGACAUCCUGAUGGGUUCGGACCGCGUCCUGCUCCUCUAGGUGCUCGCGGGCCUGGUCCGUUAAUGUUCCAUCCGCGAGGCUUAGGACCACGUCCUCUUCGGCCUGGCAUGAGGCCUCCUUUCGGUCCUCGCGGCCCGCCUUUUGAUCCUCGAGAACCAGACACCUUCUUCAGACCUCCUUUCGACGACAUUCGUCCUCCUCACGCCAGACCACCCUUCGGCCCGCCUAUGGGUCCGCCAUCCAUUCAUCCACCCGAGUCUGCCGCUCCGUGGAGAAAUCAAGAGCAUCCUCCUCCUGGUCCGUGGUCCUCUGACGCCGAAAACCAUGCGCAAAGAGACAAAAAAGGUGGUAAACAUCCAAACAACCAAAACACGGAACGAGAGAAUCGAAAUAGGGGACGGAAAUCCAGGUGGACAAAUGCAAGUCCAUCCGGAGAAGAAACGGAGGAUUCCAAAGAGCAGGAGCCAUCCACUGGAAAUGUCGAAGAGAAGGCAGAACCUAUUAAAGAGGAAGUAGUUUUGAAAGUUGAACAACAAGAAGCUGAAAUAAAGGAGCCAGUGAUUCCUAUCGAGAAAACGGAAAAUGUGGAACAAUUGGUCGAGGCAAUAGAAGAAUGCAUUGAAACGAAGAAGGAGGAAGAGGACUGCAGGGAUUCUUAGACCAAAGUAAAGAGCGAUUUUUCUCUUUAAGAUUAUUUCUUACUCUGUGGAGUGGUGUGAGGGGAGGACUCGUUGCUUCGAGCUCGGUUCGGUCGAAAUGGAAAUGCUUAUUUUUGGGAAGUGAAACGCUGAAUUUUAGACUAGCUAUAUUUGUGUUCAAUCAAUGGUAUUUUAUUCAUGUUGAAGUAAUAGUGUAUUAUAAGCUUUAUUUUUAAAGAUAGCUAGACUUGAAGGGGCAUAAGAUUUUGGCGCUAUUUUAAAUGAAUUUCAUAUAUAAUAUUAGAAUAAUUGAAUAAUAAUAAUUGAAUGUGCAAAUUCUACAUUUUUAUUUGUAAAAUUACACAAAUCUAUUCGUGUAAUGAAAAAUGAUUUUUGUAUUAUAUUAAGACGUAUAUGAAACAGAGUUAGCUGAAAGUAUAUCAUCGGUUGAACAAAAAAAAGAAAAAGGUUUGUUCUUUAAGUCAGCGUUUCAGUUUCGAAGAAACCAAUUUUCUAAUCGGCUUAACAUGUGAGGCGCUGUGAUUUGUAAACACAGGACCUAUGACCCGUGGAUACUCCAAGUGGCGACUUAUUUAUUGAAUUGUAAAUACUUUUGUAUUUUCGUAGAAAACAGAUAUAUAGUAAAUCCGAUUUGAAUGCGUACAUUUCAUUAGUUCUUAGGCUACUAAAGGUACAGCAAAAUCAUUUAUAAAGAACUUGUUCGAUUUGAAGAGGGAAACGUAACAGUUAAAUUAAAUAUAAUAGUUGCACGUAAAAUCAUAUUCGCUAUUUUUUAAUAUUUGAAUCUCCGAAAUUGCAAUUGGGACAAAAUUCAAUUCGAUAUAUUCCCUUAAAAAUAGAACAGCUUCUAUAUACGCAUUUCUUUGCAUUUUCAGUAGCUCAAGAAAUAAUUGAAUGUAUACACUUAAAUCGAACGUACUGUAUAGAUAGAUGAAUCUUAACAGUAGAAUCUUGAUUAAUCGUAUAGACAACAAACGUCAAGUUUUAUCGUACGAAUAUUUUCGUUGAUCGAACUAUACAUUCGAUACGACUCUUAUUGAUGCUAGUUGGAGAAUUUGUAUAAAGUAGACUUUAGCUUAAUAACUAUAUCAUUUUAAAUAAAUCUCAUUAUACAUAUGUUAUUUUAAAUUUAAUUUUUGAUCGUUGAUAUAACUUGUUUUAAUUAUUCUCUGUGCGUACUAAACUCUAUCGAAUGAUUUAAAAGACAAAUUGUAUUAUAUUUCCAGCGAAUGAACGUUCGAUCAACAGGAAAUGUUAACUAUUAAAAUACGUAAUCGUUUAUUCGGAUAAGCAAGAUUCUACCACCGUAAAUAUUUAAAUAGAUAGAGAGAGAGAUUAUAUAUAUAUAUGUAUAUAUGUAUACAUAUAUAUAUAUAUAUAUAUAAAUAUACAUGUAUACAUGUAUGAGAGAAAAUGUAAGCCAACAAAGAGUGGUAGAAAGAGUGAGAGGGAGAGAGCGCGAGAGAAAGUGAAUUACAGAUCGAGAAUAUAUAUAGCGCCGAUGUUCGGUGCGGCUCAAUCAAACGAACGAAAAAUAAAUAUUUUCUAUAUAACGUCUUUCUUCGUAAGCAGAAUUAUAGCCUCUCAUUCCGCUCGGCUCCCGGAAUUGACUUACUUUUCUUUAAAGAUACUCCAGCCAUUGAAAUUUCUAGAUAAUCGAUCGAAAUGAAUAUUUUAAAUUCAUCCAACUACAAAGAGUAUUUUAAAUAGUUCUUAAAAAACAUUUGUCUGGGAGUCUUCGUAGGAAAACUAGAAAAUUUAAUUAUUUGUUGAUACUAUUAAUCACGUAUGAAUGAUUUGGACUAUUUUUUUUUUUUAACAGUUUUACUUUUGUUUGUGACACAAUCAAAUCUUUCAACUCGUUUUUGGAAAAAAGUUCCAGAGAAAAAUUGCGUAGUUUAAACAGCAAAACACUAGCCAAAUAACAUUAGGUCAAGAAUAGUGUUAAAUAAAACAUUUCUUUAUCUGAUAAUUUCUUAAAACAGUCGAUACAACCACUAUUUAAUUACAAAUACUAAUGUAGCCUGCGUUAACUUUUUAAAUGCAGAAGUAUACCAAUACCAUCGAAUCUUAAAUUUCAUACUCAUUCUUGAGUUCAUUUUAAUUAUAGUUAAAUCUCCUAACUAUGCAUUUUUUAUCUGAAAAGUUUUUCCUCUAAAUAUCGAAUUAGAUGCUGAAUUAAACUUUGAGGAGAAUUGUUUGUAAUUAAACAGAAAUUGCAUAUAUUUUGGUCGAAGAAAAUAAAACGCGAAAAAGAACACUGGUAUUAGGAAUGGAAUGAAAUCUUUUCAGAGCAGCUUUGGAUACUUGUUCAGUACUCAUACUCGUGUGUUCACAUGCGUGAGUCUCUCUCUCUGUCGCCACACGACGAUGGAACACCAGCCACCAGGUCGCUUGCGCUCAAACUGAGCGACAAGUGCAAGGUACUGUUGUGUUUAUAACUCAUUAUAUUUAUAUACUGAAUGCUAUUUUUCUUUCUGGACGAACCACGAGAAAAAAAAAGUAAACUAGAAUACAUUGAUUUGUUGUACAAACGAUUCAGAAAUUGAAGCGAAACAAGUCGUCUGGAACAAUAUCAAUUUCAGUUCCAACUUUCUAAACUCUUUUUCUUUUUAAUUAUAUCUAAGCUAAUUGCGAGCAACACUGGACUUGGUUUGCUUAGACUUUCUAGCUAAUCUUUGUCGAUUAAAAAGUUGAGAGUUUCCUUCGGUUUUCGUUUUAGCAACGUUCUUACCUCAUUUUAUAAAUGGAUUUAAUAUUAAGCACCUAAUCUCGCGAUGAAUAUCACGUUGAUUAAUUACGACGCGUUGUUACAACAGCUAAUAGGGAAAUGUAUAUUCGUUUAAUAAGUGAUGUGCAAUAACGGAAUAUAGCAUUAAUCAUUGCACGUAAGGAGAAUAUUAAUUAGUGAGUGAAAACUUAUUAUCGAACAUGGAACAAAAUUUUUCAUUUGAUCAAUUAAUUAUGUUUAAUUAACGCGUCGCUUAGGUAGUCUAAUUUAUUGAACUUUUGAUUGAUUUUUAAUUAAACUCAACUGUGUACAUGAUAUAACGAUCAUUAAUUGUGUUAUUAUUUGUAUUGGAAAGAUAAUUAUUAAUUUUCAAUUAAUCACGAUUAUUGUGGGAUUAAAUAAUCGUUACUCAAAAGUUCAUGUAGACAAAAUGUUCGUCCAGAAUGUAAUAUUUUUUUACUGUAUUAUCAUAUUAUAAACUUCCUCCCAAGAAAAGCAAAGAAGGAAGAAAAAAGACGUAAUUUAGAUUAGUCUAAAGAACCCGUGCACCACUCCGGAGCAGAGUUUAAGAGAAAAUCAAUUUCAUAUUUCCUCAUUUUUAAAGAAGUAACUUGUUGAGCAGAAUGAUAAAAAAAGACGCCCGAAUUAAUUGAUUCGCAUAAACAAAUAGACGUUUCUGUGAAUAUUUGUUUGCUUAUUUAUAUGCAAAUGACGAGCAAUAACAGGAUCGAACAAAUCAAAAGGACAACGAAAAUCAUAUCAAUCUACAGAGCAUUGUAAAUAUGUAGACGACACUUAUCAAUCUUUCUUUUUUUUUCUCUCUCUCUUUUUCAUAGGAAUCAUCGGUUUCAACUUUGGAUUAAUUAUCAAAUUGAUUUCUGUACAUCGUGUUUCGUAUAAUGCUUUGUUUCGUUUCAUUUUUGAAUGGCAUUUUUUUAUGUUUACAUAAUUUAUUUAUUCCGUAACCUGUUAUUGGCGUCGAUUUGACCGUUGGUAAAAAUUUUUGGGAACGCACAUGCGCGAAGAUUCGUGGUCAAUAUCAGAUUUAGAAUUCUUGCAUAUAUAGGGUGUCUCGCGUAAAAGCGUUGAAUGCUAACUUUUUUUCGAAAAUUGUUAGAGAUAACUAUACGAUAUAUUAUAUAUGUAUAUAUAAAUAUUUUAGAACCGAUGUUAUUAGGUCAUCCUCACGUGAAGAAGGAAGGAGACGAAAACUUCGUCACUUUUUUCAAAUCAAAUAUUUUCGAUUCGUUUGUUACGAAAUAAAUAACUUUUAUUUCAGACGUUUCUUCGUAUUUUGCACAGUCGACAAAACACAUCCACUGCGGAAGAAUUACGAACCGAGGUGGAACAAAUUUUUCUAAUUAGAAUCUAGUCUAAUUGAAGGUUCUAUAUGGAUGAAUUCGUAAAUGUUUAUCUGAUAACACGAUUGGACUUUGUUACACUAAUAGAGGGAAUUUCUGUUCCCUAUUUUAUUUCCAUUGUUUCUUUGACUGUGCAAAAUAUGAAUAUACAGGGUCUCCCAAAAAUGUUGUAACACCUUGAAAGAGGUGAUUCGGGAGGUGAUUUGAAACAACUUUUUCCUUAGCGAAAAUGUUGUCCGAGGUUUGGUUAAAGAGAUAUUAAGAGAAAACCCCGACCAAUCAGAGCGCGCGUAUACCGUUGGAGCGGCCGUGGUAGCGAAGGCUACGAACUAAGCGCCCGCGUUCAAUGUCCUUCGAUACACGUCGAGCCACUCGUUCGCGUACAAGCGCGGCCGCUUAGCUCGUAGCCUUCGCUACCGCAGCCGCUCCAACGGUAUACGCGCGCUCUGAUUGGUCAGUGUUUUCCGUUAAUAUCUCCUCAACGAAGCCUCGGACAACAUUUUCGCUAAGGAAAAAGUUGUUUCAAAUCACCUCCCGAAUCACCUCUUUCAAGGUGUUACAACAUUUUUGGGACACCCUCUAGACAUUUUUGCAUUCUGAAUAACUCGUUGAUAACAACGUUUUUUUUCUUUCUUUUCUUGAAAUAUCAUUCGGAUCUUGCAUAGUCAAAGAAAUAUGUACAAAGUAAAGAAAAUAGUGUGCAAGCAAAAAUUCAUUCCGAUUACACACUGGUAUCUAACUCCAUGGAGUUAUAGGAUGAUCGUGAUAACGUCUAGAAGAAAUCGAUAAAUAUUUACGAAUACAUGUACAGAAUUUUAAACAUUUAAUAAAGUGAGUUUUAAUUCACAA